UUCUCUUUGUGGUUGGUGAACUCAGAGACUCAGAAGGUUUAGAUUUCUCUAUUAUCAGGUAGUGUUCUACACACAGCGUGAAACCAGAAAUGGGAAUGCCACAGAUGCUUCAGAAACUGACCCCGAAGAUUAACAAGAAGAAUGGAUUUUUAAUCGUAAUCUUAGUUGGUCUUGUUGUUGCGGCUGAGUUUGUUGAGAAGGACUUCAUGUGCCCUUGUGAAGAAGCCCUUAGAUGGGUGUUUUUCGUAUUUUACCUGUUCAUCCCUGCCUUCAUCACGUUAACGGUCACAUAUUGCAUUAUGUGUGAGCUGUAUAAACAGGAUUUUGCAAAUCAGAAAUCUGAUGUUGAAAAUAAAGAUCAGAAAACUCCUGAAGAAAGACGAAGACAGAAGUCCAGCCAGAUUGAGGAAACUGAAGAUGAAGGGAGUACUGAAGUCAAGGAGAGUAAUAAAGACAAGGAGAGUAAUGAAGAUGAGAGGAGAAAUGAAGACGAGGAGAGUGAUGAAGCUGAAGUACCUUGGAAUUGGAGAUUCUUCUUGAAGUGUAGCAUUCCGACUGUCGUUUGGAUAAUCCUGUUCUUCAGUGAUGGAAGAUUUGUGGCUUGUUUGUGUACAGAGUUAAAGGAAGGAUAUGCUGACAGCAAUCCACAUCCACCAUGGGAAUGGUGUCACAAACAACGAAACCUGACUUAUGCACAGCAACGUGCAGAGACAUCAUAUAAAUAUUCCAAGGUGGUUGGGUUUGGUGGUCUCUUCCUUGUCUCGGCUGUGAUACUGAUUUAUAAAUGUCUUGUAACACGCAAAGCCUACAAGCAACAGACACACAAACAAACUGCAGAGGAAUAUGAACACAUACCCAUGCAGGAAUUUGCUGACUCAAAAAAGAGGACCCUGCAAGAAUGAAUCCAUCCAUUACUGUCAGCAUUUUAUUUUAACAAAAUAAGACUUUGACUAUUUUAACUGCUAAUUCCAUGCUUGAAAAUGAAAGUGGAAUAAUUUCAGUGUCUGUGCUGGCUAGCUUUUUAAUUGAUAGAAACUGUUCUUAGACAGCGGUGCCACGGUUUGUAGCUUUUCUUCUAAAACCUAAUGCCUAAAUUUCCUUCGGGAUAAAUAAAGUAUCUAUCUAUCUAUCUAUCUAUCUAUCUAUCUAUCUAUCUAUCUAUCUAUCUAUCUAUCUAUCUAUCUAUCUAUCUAUCUAUCUAUCUAUCUAUCUAUCUUAAUGUACUUUUUAAUGAACAUUUUAAAAUGUAAGUACUUUUAACAUUUAAGAAUAAUUUGUGUUGGAAUAUUGUAGUGUUUCGUAGUGUAGUCAUUGUAAGCAAACCACUAGCAAACAGUUACUUUUGUAAUUUUAGUAAACAUUCUGGUCUGUUCAUGGAUGAAUUGAUGGACAUGUGUUUUAAAUAAAAUCAUUAAAAAUCAUAUUUGUGAUCA